AUGUGGACUAGUUAUCGCGGUGAAGUCCAUUUAAAAUUUACAAAUUUGGAAUGUGAUCCCAGUCCGAAAUAUUUUCAUAAUUGUAGUUGUCGCCUGAAGGCUGUUAAUCGUUACAAAACAGUGUCGUUUAUGAAAACAUUUAUCAAGGAUGUCUUACGAAAUAUAUCCGUAAAUAUCGUUUUGUACAAUCGCAAUGACGUUAAAGUGUAUAGACCGUAUUUAGUGAAUGUGACCCAAAAUGUAUGCGAAUUCCUUGAUAAAAGGAAAUCCAAUUUCUAUAUGAAUAUUUUUAUGAAAUUUCUAAGUCAAUAUUCCAAUGUGAAUCAUUCGUGUCCAUAUAGGGGCUACCUUAUUAUGGAUAAUGUCUAUGUUGAUGAAAGUCACGAUAGUUAUCGCGGUGAAGUCCAUUUAAAAUUUACAAAUUUGGAAUGUGAUCCCAGUCCGAAAUAUUUUCAUAAUUGUAGUUGUCGCCUGAAGGCUGUUAAUCGUUACAAAACAGUGUCGUUUAUGAAAACAUUUAUCAAGGAUGUCUUACGAAAUAUAUCC